UGUAUGGAUUUUUUUGGAUAUAAAAACAAAGCAAAUACGAACACAAGAAUUUCAUUUCACAAACUCCAUUGAUGAUUCACCAUCCUAAACCCACCAAGUCUAAUACCAACAACCACUACAGUUCGUAUUAUCCAGACGACGAUGUUUGAAGACCAAAACAACAUUCAUGGCGAGUAUUCAUAUUGUCCCACAUCGGAGAGCAUUGAUCACAGCAACAACAUUAAUAUUCACGAUAGUAGUUUCUCCAAUUCUUCCUCGACUUCAUCUUCCGGUGCUGGAGUUCUAGUACUGAGCAGCAGGAAGAAGAAGAGCAGGAACAACAAACGAAGGUUCAGUGAUGAACAAAUCAAAUCUCUCGAGUCAAUGUUCGAGUCCGAGACCAGGCUCGAGCCAAGGAAGAAGCUCCAGUUGGCCUCCGAGUUGGGCUUGCAGCCUCGUCAAGUCGCCAUAUGGUUUCAGAACAAGCGAGCUCGUUGGAAAUCAAAGCAACUCGAGCGAGACUACUCUAUUUUACUCUCCAAUUAUAAAAACUUAGCCUCUCGUUUCGAUGCUCUCAAGAAAGAAAAACAGGGUUUGGCUCUUCAGUUGCAGAAGCUGAACGGUGAUCUGAUGCAGAGUUCGAAAGAUCAUAAUUUACAUAAAGAUAAUAAUGAAAAGGACUCGGAUAAUGGAAAGAUGAAAACCGAGUCAGAAUCGGAAGUGAAGCCGAGUCUGUCAUCGUUGGAAAGAUCUGAACAUGUUCUAGGGGUUCUCUCAGACGAUGAUAGUAGCAUGAAGGCAGCGUAUAACUUUGAACAAGUACUAGAACAUGAAGAAGCUGAGCUUCUGAGCAUGAACAUGAACUUGGCGCCGGAGCCACCUGCAGCUGCUGCAGAUAGCUCCCUAACAUCGCCGGAAGACUGGGGCAGUUUGAACUCAGAGACCCUUUUCGAUGAAUCUACGAGUGGUUAUCAGUGGUGGGACUUUUGGUCUUAAAAAAGCCACCAAGACUGUCCAUGAGAAUUUUCUUUAGUUUUUCUUGUACCUUUUUGGGGUCUUAGAUUAAGAAACUACGUGUAUACUAGUAGUCUUGUGGUUCUCUUCUUCUGGGCGGGCGCAGUGGAAAAUAAGGGAAUGAAAAGAUCACUCGCUGAGUUACUGCCCAAUAAAAAAUAUUGCUGUACUUGAUGUUGGGUUAGAUUGAUUACAUUAGAGUACAUGUAGGAUUUAGAUUCCUUUUACUUUUAUUAGGCCUAAUUUAAUAAGAGCAAGUGGGUAGUGUAAGAUGUUCCAAAUUUGAAGUAUCUGUAUAUACUAGUUCCGAGGAUGAGAAAUAAAGAGAGAGACUUGAAGGAGCUGUUAGUGA